AUGGCAUUGCUAUUCAUGCUCCUUGCUCUUUGCGCCCUAUCGUCUUCGCUCCUUGGACGCCCUCAUCCACAUGCAAGGCCGGAAAGAUUCGUGCCAAAGCAUGGUCCCUCAAUCUCUCACUCUCCUACAGACCCUGGCAAUCCUGAGCCUGGCACAGGCGGCACAGAGUCCAACCCCCCUGGAAUUCGCACGGGAGGUCAUCUCCAGACGAAAGGCGGUAUGCGGGGAUCGGGGGAGGCUGGAACAUUCAUGAGAAUCACUUCCAAGACUGGGUUGUACGGCCCCAACGGUCACCACUUGAUCUCGAAUCUAGAUCGAAUCAAGCUCCCUCCCCAGAUGGACAUUGACCAAUUCACCGUCUUCUGGAUGGAUCGCUGCUUCCAGAUGACACCACAUGGAGGCGGACUUGUCUGGGCCAAUUUUUGCGGCGUGGGUAAGAAGACUCACAUCGCAAAUUUUGCAGACGUCUCGUGCGUCCGCUUUGGAGCUGAAAGACUAUCCUACACUCAAGAGUUCAUCGACGACUAUAGCAAGAGUCUGGGGUUCAGUAGACCAAGCGACGAAGAGGUGACGGAGUGUCUCACAGUCGGAGAAGAAUACCCGUCGUAA